CAAAGAUCCGCCAUAUUCAAACUUCCGCCGUGGUGUGUGUUCUGUUAGGGUCUGUUGUCAUCGAUCGUUCGCUUUCUUUGCAACUUCGGGACAGUUUUUAUACGCUUGGAAAUUGUCUUUCAUUCGCUCAGGUAUAACUACGCCCCGGUAUAACUCAAAACGAAGCCUCCUGCAAAAUGGAAGAAAACGAAGAAGUUGGUGGAAGGACGGUGGAAAAGAAAAAGCAGAAACUUCGCAGGAUGUCAUCGAGGACGUCCACCACCAGUGUCAUCAGCGCGACAGAGCCUUCUCCACAAAAACUCCGGAGGAAAAACUCCAAGAAACCUCCACUGCAGAGAGGCAGCUCCUUCACUUUUCUCACUCCUGGGACUCCGUGGGACUUCAGUCUAAAGAGAAAGCGCAAAGAGAAGGAGGAUGACACAGUCAGUCUGUCCAGCUUCGAUCUUAAGGAGCCCAGUAACAAGCGUGUCCGACCUCUGGCCAAAGUUUCAUCUCUAGUCAACUUGAUAUCUCCUUCAAAGAACGGAGCGGUGCGGCGCUUUGGACAGACCAUCCAGUCAAUGUCAUUACGUGGUGGUGACAGCAAGUCACCAGGGAUGUCCCUCAAAACCGUCAGCAAGACAGCAGGUCCCACUCCCACUAAACGCAGGAAUAGCACGCUGUGGUCGGAGACGCUGGACGUCCAUCAGAAGAGCGCAUUCUCCACCAAAGAGAUCAAGAGACAAGAGGCAAUUUAUGAGCUUUACAGGGGAGAGCAGGAUCUCAUAGAAGAUCUUCAGCUAGCACGAAAGGCAUACCAUGAUCCAAUGCUAAAACUCUCCAUCAUGACAGAGGAGGAACUGGCUCACAUAUUUGGGGACCUGGAUGCAUACAUCCCCUUACAUGAGGACUUAUUGAUGAAACUGACAGAGGGAACUGGCCCCGAUGGAACAGUAGGUCUGAUUGGACAGAUAGUUAUAGACUGGCUUCCUGGUCUGAACGCUUACAAAGGCUACUGCAGCAACCAGCUUGCAGCCAAAGCCCUGCUGGACCAGAAAAAAUUGGACAGGCGGGUGCAGGACUUCCUGCAGCGUUGCCUAGAGUCGCCCUUCAGCAGAAAGCUGGAUCUCUGGAGCUUCCUCGACAUCCCACGGUCACGCCUGGUGAAAUACCCGCUGCUGCUGAGAGAGAUCCUCAGACACACUCCUCCCGAUCACCCAGAUGUUACCAGUCUCGAGAGAGCUAUCACUAUAAUCCAGGAGAUUCUGUCUGAUAUCAACAUGAGGAAAGGGGAGUCUGAAUGCCAGUAUUAUAUAGACAAACUGGAGUAUCUGGAUGAUAAGCAGCGGGACCCUCUCAUAGAUAACUGUAAGACUCUACUUUGUCACGGCGAGCUGCGGAACAAGAGUGGCUCGAGGCUGCAUGUUUUCCUCUUCUCUGAGCUCCUGGUCCUGACCCGACCGGUGACCCGGAACGACAAGAGCUGCUUCCAGGUGUAUCGACAGCCCAUCCCAGUUCUGGACUUGGCUCUAGAGGACCUGCAGGAUGGAGAGAUCCGCAUGGGGGGGUCCUUCAGAGGGGCUUUCACCAAUGGAGAGAAAGCUAAGAAUGUUUUCCGUGUGAGCUCUCUGGAUCCUUCCCAUGGCCAGUCCCACACCCUGCAUGUCAACGAUGUCUAUCACAAGCAGCAGUGGCUCAACUGUCUACGCAAUGCAAUGGCCCAACAACAGGGGGCUCCACCCAGAGUUCAGCAGGGAGAAGCUGUCAGAGCCAAGCGUCGCUCCUCCACUGUCUCAGCCACCAUCUCGGAUGAGGAGACAAACGAGAACUGUCCGCCUGUCUAUGGCCCUAAACUCAGGCCUCAGACACUCUCCAAAACCAGACUGGACCAGAAGUCACAAGGCUCACUAAAGAGGAAGGAGUCUGGAGUGUAGACUUCUAACCCAGCACACAGGUUUCUCUUAGGCAGACACAUGUAAGCAACAUGAGUCCUGUUUCCAUAUGUGUCUGUUAAUGAAUUUUCAUGAAACCACUGUUUUAAUGCUUCUGCUUUGUCCUUGUAGCUGCACUGAAGGUCUUUGUAAUCAUUUCCGUCCAAAUGUAUUGUCAAAGUUUAGUCUUCAAAAAGUGUAAUUAGUUUACAAAAAAAGUUAUAUGUGUCAGUGUGACUGAAUGUGUUUUUAAAUGUGUGUGGAAUUAGGGUUUUAUGUGUCUACUUACAUGUAAACUUUUUUACACUUAAACAUAAACUUUGCUUCAACGUUCAUUCCGGUGUCAACACUUUUAAACUGUCUUUGUUUUUUUGCUGCAAUCAAAAUGUCAGUGUAUCUAUAUUAUACAUAGCAUGUGUGUAGUUGUCAGUUGUGUUAUCUGUGCCAAGAUAAGGGAUCAAUAAACUGAGAAACUGUGAUGGCCUCAGCUGUGUGCAGGAAGCCGUUGAGGCGAGUCUAAAAAGGUUUGAGAUUAGAUCAAAUAAUGAGCCGGUAAGAACACUGGCCAUGAAUAUGUUAACACAUUUCUUGGGUAGGGAUCUAAUGAGUCCCGAUGUAUUCAGUGAAAUGUUGUCAAACAAUGAUAAAAGAUAAAACAUUUAGUUUGUAAGGAUUCCUAAGUAUGAUUAACUGUGAGAUUAUAUGUUACAACACACCAUCAACAUCCUCUCAGUUGUACUUGGGCCUCUCGGCCACUUCCUUUUUUACUGAUGGUGUUGCAAUGUUUGUCAGGCAGACAAAAGCUGGGGGAAACUCUGAAGUGUGUUCCUUUCCACUUAGUGUGUUGAAAUCCUACAUAUUGUUAAUGUAGUUUUGUGAUUUUUCAGUUAAGAAUGAAAGAAUUGUAAAGGCCAUUUGAUAUGUCUUGAUAUAUUAAAAACCCAAUGUAAAAAGAAAA